AACGCUUGAGGGCUGGAGGACGCAUGUUCAGUCAAAUUAGACCUGAUAAGCAGAAAAUGGAGUUUAGGCUUUAAUAUUAUACGCCUCUACUGUUAAUCAGUUCAGAGGCUCUGUCUGCGCGCUUCCAUGGCUUCCGUGUCCCUCUCUUCUCUGUGCCUGAAGCAGAACCCUAAUUCUAUCAGUUUUAGCUCCAUAGCUUCCGAUCAUGUGAGGUUUGGUUCACCUACUAUUGAAUUCGGCUCCGUCAAGAAGUAUCGGAGAGAUAGAGCUGUCGUCUGCAGAGCUUCCUCGGUUGUCUUUCGCAACCUCGAUGCCGAUGACUUUCGGCACCCUCUCGACAAACAGAACACGCUGAUUUUGAGGGCGAUUCCAGGAUUGAAUGAGCUUGGAAAGAUUCUUCUAGGAUCCGUUGCAGAGCAAGUCAUGCUUCUGGAGAAUAUUGGAACAUCCCUUCUUGUUUCUAAAGAUCAGCUUUCUGGUCUACAUCAAUUGAUGGUUGAGGCCGCGGAAAUCCUCAAUAUUGAUGCUCCUGAUCUAUAUGUUCGUCAAAGUCCUGUACCAAAUGCAUAUACUUUAGCAAUAAGUGGUAAAAAGCCAUUUGUUGUUGUUCAUACUAGCCUUGUGGAGCUUUUGACUCGAGAAGAGUUACAGGCUGUUUUGGCUCAUGAGUUGGGUCAUCUCAAAUGCGACCAUGGUGUAUGGCUGACAUUUGCAAAUAUUCUUACCCUUGGAGCUUAUACCAUACCUGGGCUUGGUGGGAUGAUUGCUCAGAGUUUAGAAGAACAGUUAUUUCGUUGGCUUCGAGCAGCAGAGCUAACUUGUGAUCGUGCAGCCCUUCUUGUUGCACAAGACCCAAAGGUGGUCAUCUCUGUUCUAAUGAAAUUAGCUGGGGGCUGCCCUUCUCUGGCUGAUCAACUAAAUGUGGAUGCAUUUUUGGAACAAGCUCGCUCCUAUGACAAAGCUUCUUCAAGCCCAGUAGGGUGGUAUAUAAGAAAUGCUCAAACGAGGCAACUUUCACAUCCUCUGCCCGUUCUACGUGCUCGUGAAAUUGAUGAAUGGUCAAGAAGUCAAGACUACACAACUCUUCUGAAACAUGCAACACAGAUCACUGGUGCAAAGAAAGUUUUAACAACACCAGGAAGAUAGUCAAAAUCCAAAGCACUGUGAAAAGGCAGCCCUGCGUCUCACGGCAAAGAGCUACAGAGAUAAAGAGGAUAUGCUAAGAGUUUUUUCUGCUGUAAAAGCCUUGCUGUAAGUAAAUUCUGCAGAUUGAGGAUGCACGGGUCGUAACUCAUAAGUUGAGUACUUUGGCUUGUCAAUCUUGUAUUACAAAUUUAUUUGGUAAUUAAACUGUAUAUAUUGCAUUACAAAUUUAUAUUUUAUAGAGUUA